GUCAACUUGAGUGAAACUCCUUUAGACUUCACUCGUUCAUCAUGGCGGUGUUUUCGUCUCUUACUCCGGUGUUCGUGGCGGUUUUGUGUGUGAUUAUCGGAUUUCUCUUCAAAAACUCCCGAAGGAAAGAGACCAGAUCAAAGCAGAAGCUUUCAGAUCAGACAGCCAGACCGUGGGUGGACGAGGAUCUGCAGGAUGAUACAGAAAUCAGCAGUAAACACAACGAGGAUGAUAAUGUUGAUUGGCUACACACAACAGAGGAAGAAAACUUACUCCAUAUCCCGUACACCCAAACUCAAUACUCUGCUUCUGAGAUGCUGGAGCGUUCUGAGAAGUUCUACUCGCUCAUGAAUCUUAGACGAUCUGUCCGCUUCAUCAGUCCAGACCCAGUACCAAAAGAAGUGAUUGACAAUGUCAUACGCACCGCAGGCACUGCACCUAGUGGAGCUCACACUGAGCCCUGGACAUUUGUGGUGGUGUCUGAUGUAGACGUCAAACACAAGAUCAGAGAAAUCGUUGAGGAGGAAGAGGAGAUCAACUACAAACAAAGGAUGGGAGACAAGUGGGUCCAUGACCUGAAGAAACUGAGGACAGACUGGGUGAAGGAGUAUUUGGAUGUGGCUCCGUAUCUUAUUCUAGUGUUUAAGCAGACAUAUGGAGUUCUCCCCAGCGGCAAGAAAAGGACUCACUAUUACAAUGAAAUCAGUGUGUCCAUUUCCUGUGGCAUUCUGCUGGCUGCUCUGCAGAAUGUUGGGCUGGUUACCGUGACGACCACUCCUCUGAACUGCGGUCCACAGCUGAGAUCCCUCCUCCAGCGACCAGCCAAUGAGAAGCUUCUAAUGCUGCUUCCUGUUGGCUACCCUGCAUCUGAUGCCAAAGUGCCUGACCUCAAACGCAAGGACCUAAAUGAAAUAAUGGUGACUGUGUGACAUCAUCACCUGCCAAAAACAAAAAUAUUGCCAUAAAAAGACCAAUUUACAGAGCGGUUUUGAAUAUAGAAAGACGUGUUAUUCAUAUAAGACCAAAUGUUUCAUCUUACUGCUUUAUUUUUAUUAUACCUUACCAUAAAGGGAUGUUACAAUAAUAAUUUACAUAAUUUUUACACACAGUUUUACAUUUUGCAGGACUCUUCAUAUAUUAUGAAUCUGUUGUUACCUACACAAAUCAAUAAAUAAAUGACAUGUUUGUGUUUUCCUAUACUAAUGCUUUAUGGUGUUGUCUUUCACUGACAUAUUUGAAAGGUUAAUUUUACAAGUUUACAGGUGCUAUUACUGUAAAGAAGCAUGUAUAUUAAAGAUAAGGUGUGUGUAUAUAUAUAUUUAAG